CAGGCACGUCAGCUCUCGCCUCGCCUGGUCGCCUGGCUGCACUCGCCGCCUUCAACGGGGAAGCGCGCCCUACAACUUUACUGUGUCAAGCUUUCCUUACAAACGAAUUGGGUAUUAAGUUGCGUUCUAAUUCUCUUUUGGCAUUGACUAUUCACGAAGGAUAGACGUUCGUUAGCUGUGCCUGUUGAACUUGCCCCGGUUUUCGGGUGCAUUAAUGUUAAGUUAUCGUAAUGUAGAUAUUGAAGAGAACUAUCUUCUGCGUUGAUGAAGGACUUUGAAAAAAAAGUUGUGUGAAAGUGGAUUUAUCAGGAUAAUCAUGAUGUCGACGAAAAGACUUCCAAUUGACGUCAUCAAGCUGGUGAACUACCUCAUACCCUACGUCAUCAUUUUUGUCUUCCUGACGUCAACAUCAACAGGCAAAUACCAGGCAGAAAAGGAUGCACCGGAGAGGGCGCCAGCAUACUUCAAAGAUGACUCAGAUAUUGAGAGGUAUUUGGAGAUGUAUCACACCGAUGUCAUGCUGUGGAGAUGUAAAAACGCCAUUACAAGAAAAUGGACAGGGUUGCCGUUUGAUUACAUAGAGUUAUACUGUGAGGUUCUUGGAAAAGUUAAGUCAAUCGACCUGUUCCACAAUUGGCAGAAAGUAAAAAUAGGGAGCCGCAUCCAACUCAUUGCCUCGCCACAUCACAACAAGGGCAAGGUCUACUCUCACUGGAUGGACUUCCGCAUCCGUAUAAAUCAAGCCACGAAGAAGGAUGCUGGAUCUUACAUCAUCCGCGUGAAGAGCCCCCUCGGUAACAGAGAGUCUCAAAUGAUCUUCCUUGAUAUCUCGAAGAAGAAACAGCUGUACGAUCCUGAGGAAAAUGAGGUCAUGGCUAAGAAGCGCUGGGAGCGUCGCAUGCGCCGGAGAAAGCAGCGGCGACGUAGGAAGCGAAAGAGGGCUAGGGCAAGGGCUAAGGCGUGAGGUGGAAAACUAUUGUGGGGUACGGCUUGUGAGGAAUUGGACGGGAUUGGUGGUUUUAACGGCGCCCAAGAUGGCCGGCCGAUACUCAUUUUAAUCACAGUGGAGAUUACUUUUUGCUUUUGGGAUGUGGAAAUGGCUGUUGAUGAUGAUAUUUCGGCGAGGCUGGGCAUUGCACACUGAAUUGGCGCUGUUGUUUUCUCUAAGUUGGCAAUGUUCAAACUUAUCAUAUAGCCAUGGUAUUGACGAACCUGGCCUGUGAACGUAUCUGAACAUACUGAUAAAGAUACUCUGAAAAGUACAUGACAAUGUUGAAGCAUCCCGCUGGAGAUGCGAGUGCACAUCCUAUUAUACUCGGCGCAAUUGUAAGAACGUUGCAUUGCAGGAGUGUAAAUGGGGUACCUACGUACUCCUACGCUACCUGUAGGCGAGAAGAGCAGCAAAUGUAUGUGUCCAGCGGGUCCCUCGCAAGCCAUAUAAACGAGAGGAACUACCGGUAAAGAUUAACGAGUGCAUGACAGUAGCUCUUCAGAGGACAUUAUUCAGAGAUAGCAUGCUCUGGUAUAUGCUCACUUAUUAUUGUAUAACGGUUGUAAAUAGUUUUUUGAGGGUGGCGGCUAAGGGGAGGGAGAGAAGGGAGAGGGCCGUGUUCCUGUCAUCUCUCGUUGUGGAAAAUCAGUUCCACCUCCGUUGAGGUGGGUAAUCUGGGUCAUCCAGUUAAUAAUUUUCUUGAUUUUGAUUAUAUUGAAAUACGCAUUUUUUCAAUCGUGCCAGCGUAAUCUACGAACGAUUAUAUGACAAAAGAACUACUUCAAAAUUGAAUGUAGGUUCUUACACAGGAGGGGGGAGGGGGAGUGCGUUAGAGAUGUAUCUCAUUACUUAAGAACGGGUAUUAGUUUGGUCGUCUGGGCCAGUACGUUGUGUUCUCAGAAUUUUUAAACCUUGAUUCGUCAGCCGUCGAUGACACUAUACAUUUAGCUUACAUUUAACUGUGUAUACUGAGUUAUAAUCGACACCCUUAGGGCAUUGUACCUUGAAGGUAGGCAACAGAGAUGACUAUUCUACAGCGGGGACGGGGAGGUGAGUAAGUUUACUUUCACGCUGGUAGUUUGGCAAAAGUUUGGUAUGAAAAUACAGUUUAAAACAUGUAUCUCCUUCGAACUCUGUACUUUUAGCUAUGUUUAUUUACAUACAUUUCAAAUUGUACAUUGUUUAUCUUGCUGAUCACAAACAAGGACAUUGCUUCAUAAUGGCAUAAUCCAUACGGGAGAUAUUUUGUCCGUAUUAGCGCAUAUCCUUAGAGGCGGCUGAGUUAGAGCAAACCAACAGUAAGAGAUAUGUGGGACGUCUCUCGUUAGCUAGACAAAGAAGUCAGGUGACUCAAGUUCGAGUAUCAUGCUACAGAACUGUAAACAAUCAAAAGAUGUGUUCAUCUUGACUGAAAAGUAACAUGUCGACUGUUAAUAUGUAUUGUCUUGUGCGAAAUGUGGUAGAAAUUUCUCCUUCAGAUUACUGAUAUUUACAAAUCGCGUUUAAAAUAUUGAGUAUGUGUACUGUUGUAACGCUGAAUUGGUGUCUCCAUCUGAGUUGUCUCGUUACCAAUCAUCUAUGUCUGUGUUCUCUGGCUGUAAUGUAUUAGUUCACAUGUAGAUAGGGACACUGUACAAAGUGUGGUGUGCAUCGUUACCCCUUUAUUCUGUCUUCAUGUAAUGUGCAUUUCACUACGCAGUACGUUCAGAUGAGACACGGCCCAAAUAUGAACAAAUGAUUAAGCUCAUUAGCGAUUCCUAACUUGAUCACCCCGUCAUGUCGUUCUCACUGAGUUUAACUUGCUAUGCUGUGCGGUUCGUAUCUCCGUGAUAGAAUUGUUUAUGUUGUACACCUCCGUAAAUAAAUGAUAUCAAAUAACCAA